CGUGUGGAAGAAAACCGUUUGUAACAUCGCCUGCGUGGGUGUCAGGCUUCUUCGUUGGCAAUAUGUUAUGGUGUCUGGACUUUGGCUUUUGGUGGAAAAUAUCUGCGCAGGAAGUUCUACAUAAGAGAGUUUACCUUCAAUAAAACAUUGUACGAGACGUCUACUGAGUUAUAAUACCGGAAUAUUGGCUGUUAUCUGUCAACAUUUUGCAAUCGUUCUAUUGCAAUUGCCACUCGAUCACAAAUGCAGAUGAAUUCAGUUGCAGUGCCGUCUGCGCCGGGGCCUGUGACAGUUGUUACGCAGCAGCCAAUGGCUAUUCAACAAACCGUGGUCAUUGCUCAGCCGCAAGGGACAAUGUGGUCAUCCGGCAUAUGCUCCUGCUUUGAUGACAUCAAGAGUUGUUGUUGCGCCCUUUGGUUUGGUAAUUGUUACUAUGCCUGCAUAUCUUCUCGAAUGGGAGAAAAUUGCUGCGUGGGAUGCAGUGGUUAUCCGUCUGGUUGUGUUCCCGGAGGACAUCUUGCGAUGAGAGCUGCGUUCAGAAACAAGCACGGAAUAGCGGGUUCAAUUUGCGAUGAUUGCUGCACGACGACAUGCUGCCUACCUUUCGCAAUGUGCCAGAUCUCGAGGCAGAUGGAUUUUUUGGGAUACCCACAAAAAGACUCCUGCUGUUAGUUCUAUUUUCCAAGAGAGGACUUGUGCUUAGAACGAUGAAAAAAAUUCAUUUAUACCUACUGUAUUCAAGACAGCAUAAAAUUUUAUGCUUUUUGUAUUCGACUUCUUUACAUAUUGUUUUUGUCUUUACGUCGAAUUUUGGGCGCUCCAUUAGUGUGUGUACCAAUACUUUACAUCGCGGUGGGUACAGGGACUGACUACUAUGUACAGAGGAUAUAUUCACUUGGCUCACAAAAACAGUCUGCGAACUCCAAAUUCAAACUAUGGCCUAACCCUAACCUGAUACACAUAUUACGGGAGUAUCGAAUUGUGUUCUCCGAGAUUAAUCAUAUUCGUGGUUAACCACAUUAUGACAUUACACCCUGUAUAUAGAAAUGAAAAACACAUGCCUAAAAUGAAAUGCCGCGAUUAAUGCAUUGGUUUUUAAAACAGAGCUAUCUCCAGCAAACCCAGCAUUUUCCCUUCAUAAAUUGAUUAUUUUGUGAAGUCUUCCGCUAUAUAUAGUCAUAUAGAAAAUUUGGUUUAAAUUGUCGGGCGCAAAAGACUUAAAUUGUUAGAAGGACACCAAUUAUUUUCAUACUACACACACACUGAAACUGAAAAAGAAAAUAUAUAUUUGCACUUUUAUAUACUACGUGCGUCCUCGUUGGCCUACGAUUCCACAAAUGAAGUCUUCUAAAAGAAUGGUAGCAUUUUACAGAUACCUAUCAUCUGAAUACUAAGCUCAUAUUCACCA